UAGUUAUAAUAUAACGGAUUGUAAAACAUAAAGUUCACAAAUUGCAGUUUAAAUACAAGAGUUAAAUGAAUAUUAUAUUUCAAAAGCAUUUCUGAAUUUGGAUAUCAUAACAAAGACACGAAGCUGUAUCUUUACUUCUGUUCAACGUGGAAAUAUCAUCAGUGUAUCAAUGUAAUAUUAUUGUAAAACGAAAUCUCUGAGAAAAAAAAUAAUUAAGAAAACUUGCAACGUUUAAUAAAAUGGUUCGUAGAAAACCAUGCGCUUCUUCUACAAAUAAAAUAAUGAUUUUGAAUUAACAACCUAAAGACAUCUCGAAACAGAUAAUGGAAUAUAAGUUUUGGAUUGCGUUAAUUAUUCAGAUUUACCCGGUAGUUGCUAUGUACAUGUAUGUAGAGAUACAAAGAAGUUAUGAAUUUGAAGAUGUGUUGAGUGAAGACCAACAAGAUUACUGGGUUUGGCGUUCUGAAGCAUCUAACCUAAAAACUCUUAGGUUGGUAGAUCAUAAUCAAGUUUAUAGAACAGACUUCAAAAUUUGCAUUGACCCUGUAGAAGGAAGGGACACAGUUAAUUUCUUUCUAGAUGAUAUUAGGUAUGCAAAUGAUGGACCAAAUGACACUAUCUCUGUAACGUUUGAUGGAGAAUAUUGGGAUGAAUAUUCGACCAAUGAAAAGUGGGCACAUGGCCAUGAUUGGAACAUAUUUCGAAACAGUGGAAGAGCGACAGGGACAAAAUUCUUGAGGGAAGGUGAAUAUGUGAUAGGUGUUUCAGUAAAAACUGACAAAUGGGGGAUAGAACUUGACAAGAUACGUGUAAUUGCUGAAUAUCAAGUUCUUGAAAGUGAUAUAUUUUGUGGCGGAAGACUUGUAAAUACAAACUAUACAUGGAUGCAGGAUGACGUUGAAUUCAUACAAAAGACACGCUAGUAUAAAUUAAAUAAUGCAUAAUUAUAUAGUUCAGCAGAGCAUGUAGAUAUUGUAUAUUCAAAAUGUUUAUGUUAAAGCCAUUUCAUAGAAGUCAUUUUAUUUAUUGUCAUUAGAUUUUAGGAAUUAUUGUUGAUGUAAUAACCGAGGUUCAAAAGUCGGAAAACAUAUCGUUUGAAUUUCUUACAUAGAUUGGCUUGGUCACUGAGAACAAAAUGAUAUGCAAAAGAUAAUUAAAAAUAUUUAUUCUUGUUAAAUAAAUUAUUUCUUAAGAUAUAAAUACUUGUUUUCUUAAGAAAUCAAUAGGCAAUCGUAUUUAUGUGCUGCUCUUUGCCAAAUUUUGUAAAACGUAUUGCACAACUUUUCAAGUUUGGGUCAUUUUUGACAAUUAGAAUAAUUAUUCUGUAAAAAAGAAACUGAAUGAUCUGAACUUUUCGCAAGUCCAGUCCCGUCAUGUCAAACACUUUGAUGAGACUCUAUUUGACUUGUUACUUGUCAGAAUAAAAAAGCUAUGAAUAUCUAUUACUUUGCAUCAACAAACAUUUGAAAGGCAAGUUCUGUGUUUCUGAAUAAAGUGAUAUCAACAUUUUUUUUAAUAAAUUAUCAAUUUUGAAAUAGAUUUUUUCAGAAGUUUUAGAUGCUAGAUUGAGAGAAAAGAUGUGUCUCAGAAACUUUUUAAAAAUUAAUGUUAAAGGCAUGACAUCAUAAAGGAAUUGUCAAUGUCAUUGUUUUAACAAGAUAUAUCCGUAAUUAUUUUAUAGAGUCAAAACCUGUUUAUUAUAAUCAUUCUUAAUAUACUAAAAUGAUACAUACAUGAAACGGCAUCUUAAUUUUAAUUGAGUGUUUUUGAUAAAUCAUAAAUUUCUACAAUAAUUUUAUUCUUAAAUAAUUAUGUAAAACUACGACGUUUUUUCAUAAUAUCAUUAUGUAAACAUGCUUUGUCACUUUUUAUAUUAACCUUAUUGAUAUUGUUUGUCUAUUC